AUGACAUUUUCACCACCAAAAGAUGUCUAUAAUACAGUUUAUUUUAUUAUGAUGCUUAAUGGAGUAGGAGUUUUAUUACCAUGGAAUAUGUUAACUACAAUAGCUCCAUCAUAUUAUGUAGAUUAUAAAUUGACAACUUAUUAUGGAAAUGGGACAAUUGAAUAUCAACCUGAUUUGGCAAAAGACUUCUUCAGUUAUCUUGGUAUUUUUGCCCAAUUUCCAAAUUUUUUAUUAAAUUUAAUAAAUUUAUUCCUAAGAAUAAAAGGAGACCUAACAAAAAGAGUUAUUUAUUCAUUACUUGUUCUUGGAAGUGGUAUAGUAUUUACAAUUGUUUUUAUUUUUAUUGAUACAUCAUCAUGGAUUAUUGGAUUUUUUUGGAUGAGUAUGGCAUCAUUUUUUGUUAUAAAUGCUGCAAGUGGAAUGUAUCAAAAUAGUAUUUAUGGAAUAUCAGCUGUCCUACCAAUGGAAUUUACAAAUUCUGUUAUUUUAGGAAAUAAUAUAUGUGGUACCUUUAUUUCUAUUAUUAAUAUUAUAACAAUAGCAGGUUCAAAUAAUCCAAAAGUAGCUGCAACAGCCUAUUUUGUUGUAUCAUUAGCUGUCAUUGUUCUAUGUUUUUUUAGUAUACCAUUUUUAAAAAAAUUAGAAUUCUAUAGAUAUUAUAAUAAUUUAGCAAAAACAUCAACGCAAAAUCAAAAUGAUAAAGUGGAACAUGUUGAAUUAAAUAUGGCAACAUACUGUGAAGUAUUCAAAAAAGGAUGGCAACAAAUGUUAAAUGUAUUUUUGGUAUUUUUUGUAUCAUUAACAAUAUACCCAACAAUACUUACUGAUAUCCUUCCAACUAACUAUAAUGACAAUAACUGGACAUUUUUUAUAUCAAAAAAAUUUUUUUCACCAAUAUUAUGUUUCCUACUUUUUAAUUUUUUUGCAUCUGCAGGAAAUAUGGUUGCUGGGUACAUUCCAAUCAAAUACAAAAAAAUUGCAUCUCUUAUUAUCAUAAUUAGACUUUUAUUUAUUCCAUUUUUUAUCUUUUGUAACUUUAGACCGGAAAGUAGAACAUGGACGGUUAUUUUUAAAAAUGAGUGGUGGUAUAUAAUUGGAAAUAUUAUAAUGGCUACCACAUCAGGUUACUUCUCAUCAUUAUCAAUGAUGCUUGCCCCUCAGACAGUUGAAGCAUCAAAAUCACACAUUGCUGGAAUGAUGGCCGCAUUCUUCUUGAUUUCAGGUAUCUGUGCUGGAGUUGGAUUUACAUUUUUUGUUACCUAUUUUACAGAACAAUUAGGUCCAUUAAAACCACUUAAAAGUUAA